GACAGACUGAAUCACUUUGAUUUGACCGCUUCUGGAAAAACUUACAAACUGUCGUGAUGCACCAAUGGUCUUACGACGGUUUGACCUUCACGAACUCAGCGACCUCUAUUAAUGGACAAUGACAUCGAACCGUUGCUUGAAUCUAAUAUUUGGUGUUUUCUAUUAGCACUAAUGGUGUUACUACCUUUAUUAUUCUGGGAUUCGGUUUAACGAUUUCAUCCCUCUGUGCUGACGGGGUAUGGCAAAAUAUACAAAUAUAUAUACAGUGCUUCCAGGUUUUCCAUGGUGGUCUAGCUUCAAUUGACUUAUGAUCUCAACAAUUGAAAUAUACAUACGUUGCGACUGAUUGAAUAAAUAUCUAGUAUCGUCAAGCUGCUCAACAUAUAAUAGAUACCAAGCCCUCGGCAUCCAACCUAUUUUAAACGGAUGUGUUCAAAUACAAAAUGUAUAGUUAACCAUUCAUUGUAUUGGCAAUAUAAUUUUGCGCCCAAUUCCAUGGUUUUCCGCAACGCAUUAUAAGAUCCUAAGGGAAUAUUGGGGAAAACCCAAAACUUUGGGGAUUCUCCCCAGACCUGUAAAAAAUUUGGUGGUUUUGUGCCAUUCCCCUAAAGUUUUCUAUUGUGGCUUACCUAGAAUGUACCAAAAACGGACAUUUCACUCGAAAUAGGUAGACUGGGUGCUCAGAAAUUCUCACAAUGUAUAAUUUCAGCAUUACCGAUUUUAGUGUACUAAAUAAAACAUUUGGUAAAUCAUGUGCUUUGCUAAAAGAAAAACGCGGAUUCAUAUGUUCUAUUUAGUGAUGAUACACACCUUUUCAGAUACAUCUAAGUUCGUAUGAAUCCUGUUCGCAUCUGUUCAUGGAAUAUAAAUGGGUUGCGCUCUAUUCAACAUCCGUUGAAAACUACUUUAGAUUCUCUUAAAUCUGAUAUAAUUUGUAUUCAGGAGACUAAAACCACACCUGAUAUAAGUAGGGAAUUCGCACUUGCGGAUAAUUACAAUAGUUAUUUUAGUCAUAGUAUACACAAGACAGGAUAUUCAGGUACUGCGGUUUUUUGUCGUAAUCCUGUCAAGCCAACUAAAACAUUCCAUAACUUAAAUGAUAUACUUGUCGAAUCCAUUUCCUGCCGAAAUAAUUCAACGGAUGGAUGGAGUUUUCUCAAAACGAAACUAAAUAUCACUCAUACUGAAGCUCGUAACUUGGAUGCAGAAGGAAGAGUACUGGGUCUCCAGUUUUCUACUGAUAUAUUUACCCCCUUUCGAAUUCCAGACGAAAAGCGACCGCUGAUUGUGUUGUCCAUAUAUUUUCCCAGGUUAAAUCCAGAAAACGUUGAACGUUUGAAUUACAAACAUCUUUUCCAGUCUGCUGUACAACUUUGCAUUGAAUCACUUCUAGUAGAAAACAACGUAGUUAUUGCUGGGGACUUUAAUAUUUGUCACAAAAUGAUCGAUCAUUGUGCUCCAGACGAAUUUAUUAUAGAUGAGUCUUCAAAAUCUUUUCGCCAGUGGUUUGAUCGGUUGUUGAUUGAAGAACAGCAAGAUCUAAGUCUUAAUACUCAAAUCAGUGUUGGUUUAAGAAGAUUCGUGGAUAUCUUCAGGCUACUCCAUCCUCAUCGAGAAAAUGCUUUUACAUGUUGGUCGUCGCGUACGAAUGCUCGUCAAACAAAUUAUGGAGUCAGACUGGAUUAUAUUUUAUUCGACAUGAAACUUGUGGAGAUUAUCACCACCAUAUCAGAUAACAGUAUACAAGCAGACUUGAUGUCACAUAUAAAUGGAUCUGAUCAUUGCCCAAUAUAUGCAGAUCUACCAUAUUUUUACAAUUCAGAUUUGAUUUUUUCCUAUUCAUUUCCACCUAAAUGCUCUCAUUACUGGCCCCAAUGUCAAAGAAAGCAAAUGGACUUAGAGAGCUUCGUAAUGUCAAAGAGUCAUUCCAAAGUAACUAAACAAGCUUUUACUUCUCAUGACACACAAGCUUCCGUAUCCCGUUUACGAAAUUCGCAUUCCAAAGAGAAACGUCUCGCUUUCAGACAAACGAAAAUCACCUUUAGGGAGUCUAUACCAAUAGAGACGGCUACAUGUAUACAUGAUCAAUUUUCAAGUAAAGAAAAUACGACUGAAACUCUCCAAAGAAAAAUUACGACCCAUCUCAAACAGCUCAGUCAACUGAAGCGUGGCGAAAUCUUUUUUCAGGGCCGAAGAAACCUCCUGUAUGCCUUGGCCACAAAGAACCUUGCGUCAUGAGGACUGUGAAAAAUCUAAAAACAACUAAAGGCAGUCGACUCGGCAGGCGGUUUUGGGUUUGUGCACGCCCUCAAGGCGCUUCAGACAAUCCAGCUGCCCGGUGUAGCACAUUUUUUUGGGAUGACCAAAUACCAAAAAAUAAGUUACUCUAGUAGCAGUUUUGUAUUAAGAAUUAAAAUCAAUUUUAGAUUAUGUAAAAAGAGAUUAAAGAUAAUAUCACAUUUCGGUUGUUUGCGUCUUAGGAGUUGGCGAAUUAAGAAAUUGUAUAUCAGCUAUUUGCUGAAGGUUACAUUUUUAGAUCUUUGAACUAUUUGAACGGGACCUACUGUGUGUUGAGUUAUCAGAUACAUUAUUGAGAGUUGGUUUAGCACAUUCACGUUGCGUGGCAGCCGUAAGUUCCCUGAAUCGUUUCAUUAUCAAUAUUAAGGCUCUCUCUCGACGUGCUAUGGGCUCUUGUAAACGCAUGAGUGGAUGCCAUCUUAUGUAGUAAGCUGUCCAAAAUUGAAGCUGAGCUAAUGCAUGCUGAGGAAAAAUCACACGAUGACCACUGAUCUCAGCAGGAGUAUAAAGUGGGUUUUGAUACAACUGGAUAUCUGCAUUGAUAUAUGCCCACAAUGAGAUAGUCCUUUCACGUACACCAUGGUCGCGUCCUUGCAUUUCUGAAUUGAAAAGAAAUGUUCCGAAUCGCGCAGAAUAUAACUCAUCCAUUAUUGUUAUGAGAAAUCGUUCGUUGAAUUCAAAUGAAUGGGGAAAUUGCUGCAUCGUCUGCCACACACAAUCAAUGAACUGUAAAAAUACUGGGGAACGCUCCUCAGGACUUGAUGGCCGUCCUCCACCAGUUUCAUUAACAACAGAACUUGAUGAGUUGGGAGGCAAAUAAAUCCCACCAUCGGUAGGUCCACCUGUGCGCUGUGCGAAUUUGUGGCCAAAAGAACACCACUCUUUCUCGACUAAUACUUCAAAUCCGCGUAUUGUACGGUAGUACGGAUCUAGCAUCAACAUUGCUAAAGAUGUAACUUGAGUUGUCCGGUCCCAACCGUCUGAGCAAUGUAUUAACACAGAUGUCUUAUGAUUUUCAAUCUAGAAUCAGAUUUUAACGGAAAAAUAAAAUACUAAGUCACGAUUGAAUUUAAAGAUUCUCAGUGUCAAUAAUUUAUACCACUAAACAUAGCAUCAAGC